AUGGCAGCACCAGGAACCCAAUCGCUCAAGUGUGUUGUGACAGGAGAUGGAGCUGUUGGCAAAACAUGUCUUCUGAUUUCCUAUACUACUAAUGCAUUUCCUGGAGAAUACAUCCCCACUGUAUUCGAUAACUAUUCUGCCAGCGUGAUGGUUGACGGAAAGCCAAUAAGCUUAGGUUUGUGGGAUACUGCUGGACAAGAAGAUUAUGAUAGACUGCGCCCGCUUUCCUACCCCCAAACAGAUGUAUUUUUGAUCUGUUUUUCGAUUGUCAGCCCUCCAUCUUUCGACAAUGUCCGAGCAAAGUGGUUUCCCGAAAUAUCCCACCAUGCGCCUGGCGUUCCAAUUAUUCUUGUUGGAACGAAAUUGGAUCUUCGAGAUGACGAGCCUACCAAAGAAUCCCUCAGAUCCAAACGAAUGGAGCCUGUAACCUAUGACCAGGCAAGAGUUGUUGCCAAAGAAAUCAGGGCACACAAGUAUUUAGAAUGUUCUGCGCUCACACAGAGAAACCUUAAGAGUGUAUUCGAUGAGGCAAUUCGUGCUGUCCUGAGUCCACAACAACAAGCACCCAAGCCGAAGAAGUCUAAGUGUACAGUUCUAUGA